UAAGAGUGCAGCAGAAAAUGUCCACUGAACGGACUUCUUGGACAAGCCUGUCCACCAUUCAGAAAAUAGCCCUGGGCCUUGGGAUCCCAGCCAGUGCAACAAUUGCCUAUAUCCUAUACCGCAGGUAUAGGGAAAGCAGAGAAGAGCGGCUGACAUUUGUUGGGGAAGACGACAUUGAGAUAGAGAUGCGGGUUCCCCAGGAUGCUGUAAAACUCAUAAUUGGCCGGCAAGGAGCCAAUAUUAAACAGCUGCGGAAACAGACAGGUGCUCGGAUUGAUGUGGACACAGAGGAUAUAGGCGAUGAGCGAGUGCUGCUUAUCAGUGGUUUUCCUGUUCAGGUGUGCAAGGCCAAAGCAGCAAUCCAUCAGAUCCUGACAGAGAAUACCCCAGUGUCUGAGCAGCUCUCAGUUCCCCAGAGAUCUGUGGGCAGAAUCAUAGGGAGAGGCGGCGAGACGAUUCGUUCUAUCUGUAAGGCCUCUGGAGCCAAAAUUACCUGUGACAAAGAAUCAGAAGGGACAUUACUACUAUCAAGACUUAUAAAAAUCUCAGGAACACAGAAGGAAGUGGCAGCAGCCAAGCAUUUGAUACUGGAGAAAGUUUCAGAAGAUGAAGAACUUCGGAAGAGAAUUGCUCAUUCUGCAGAAACUAGAGUCCCACGCAAACAGCCAAUCAGUGUGAAAAGAGAAGAAGUGAGAGAGCCAGGUGGAGCUGGAGAGCCAGCUUUAUGGAAAAAUAGCAGUUCUAGCAUGGAGCCGGCUGCACCCCUGGUGACUCCUUCACCCAAAGGAGGAGGCGACAUGGCUGUGGGAGUGCCAAAGGAAGGUUCCUGGGAGAAACAUAGUGAUGACAGCUUCCAGAAGUCUGGAGCCCAGGCCAUCCCAGAGAUGUCCAUGUUUGAAAUCCCCAGUCCUGACUUCAGUUUCCAUGCUGAUGAGUACCUAGAAGUCUACGUCUCUGCUUCUGAACACCCCAACCACUUCUGGAUCCAGAUCGUUGGCUCCCGCAGCCUGCAGUUGGACAAGCUUGUCAAUGAGAUGACCCAGCACUAUGAGAAUAGUGUGCCCGAAGACUUGACUGUGUAUGUAGGAGACAUUGUAGCAGCACCUUUACCUACAAAUGGUUCCUGGUAUCGAGCCCGGGUCCUUGGCACCUUGGAGAAUGGAAACUUGGACCUCUACUUUGUUGAUUUUGGAGAUAAUGGAGAUUGCCCACUGAAGGACCUCAGGGCUCUCAGGAGUGACUUCCUAAGCCUUCCAUUUCAAGCAAUAGAAUGUAGUCUGGCACGGAUCGCCCCCUCAGGUGACCAAUGGGAAGAGGAAGCUUUGGAUGAGUUUGAUAGACUCACUCAUUGUGCUGACUGGAAACCUCUAGUAGCCAAGAUCUCUAGCUAUGUCCAAACUGGGAUCUCAACUUGGCCAAAGAUCUACUUAUAUGAUACUAGCAAUGGGAAGAAAGUUGAUAUUGGGCUAGAAUUAGUACGCAAAGGAUAUGCAAUUGAGCUUCCUGAAGACAUGGAAGAAAACAGAGCUGCCUUAGACAUGAAGGACAUGGCCACAGAAACAGAUGCCUCUCUCAGCACCUUGCUCACUGAGACCAAAAAGAGCCCUGGAGAGAUAACGCAUACCCUUUCCUGCCUCAGCUUAUCAGAAGCUGCUUCCAUGUCUGGUGAUGAUAACCUUGAAGAUGACUACUUACUCUGAAGUCUGGGCUUCAGCUUGCUCAACCAUGUGCUUUGCUGUGAUUUGGCAAUAGAACGUGUGCCUGGAGGAGAGGAGUGUAUGAUAAAGGAUCCAUGCAGUCCUUCCUUUAUUACACAUACAGCCUGGCUUGCUGUGGACCAAAUUCAUGUUCUCCUCCCAUUGGACUACCAAAAAAGGUGUGGCACAGAGGGAGACAAGUGUGUCUCCCCCAUUCCACCUCCCUGCUCUGUCUCCAACCCUUCAGGGUUUGAAUACUGCUGUGUUACUUCCAGACUGUUCAGCAUCAGGCUCCGUCCCCUCUACCCAGUCAUAAUGCGCAUCACUGCUAGGCUGGGUCCUUUUCAAGGCUGGGAAACAGUCAGGCUUUGGUCAUUGGAAGUGAUGAUUCUGCAGACUUCUGACUUACCUUUUCAGGUGACUCUGGUUAAGGAAAGUUUUUGAGUGGUGAACUCAAAGACUGUAGUUGAAUUAGGAGGCAAAGGCAAAAAUUAGCAUAAUUAUAUUUAAAAGCCUCAGGAAGUGGGAAGAGAAUACUGCCUCCCAGCCUCAAUUGCUAAUAUGUUAUUGGAGACAGGUUUUUUAAACUGCUCCAGCUAUUUCUCUGUAACCUUUAGUUAAGAUAUAAGUAGAAAGGAGACAGAGGCUCAGGAAAUUUUCUAAAUUGCUAGUGUAAUAUCUAUAUGUAUACAUACAUAUACACCCGUGGAGAGAGAGGAAGAAUAUACAGUUCUGUUUAAAUCAUUUGGAGGAUUUUUUUUUUUUUUUUUUUUUUUUUCUUCUGAAUAAAGUUCUCAAGAAAAUUUUCUAAAA